AUGGUUGAGGCCAAGAGCAAUUCGGCUCCGGUGGCCAUCACAGGACUUGCCUGCCGCAUGCCUGGUGCCGGCAGGAACUUGGAGAGUUUCUGGGAUUCCAUCUGCAAUGGCGAAUCCGCUUGGUCCCGCAUCCCCCGCGACAGGUUCAACGCCGACGCCUUUUCCGGUAAUACAGCCAAGGGCGGCCACUUUCUCCAGGAAGACAUCUCACUGUUCGACGCCAAAUUCUUCAACAUCUCCCGCGACGAAGCCAGCGCAAUGGAUCCCCAGCAAAGACUGAUGCUGGAAGUCGUCUACGAGGCGCUCGAAGCAGCAGGCCACCCGCUGAGCGAGAUGGCCGGCACCAAGACGGGAGUGUUCAUGGGUCAGUUCACCGACGACUACCGAGAGGUGGUCAACCGCGACCCGGAAACGUCGCUCCCCUAUUCCAUGACGGGUUUGCAGCGCACGUCGCUCUCCAACAGAGUCUCGUGGUUGUUUGACCUGCGGGGGCCGAGUUUCACAGUGGCCACGGCGUGCUCGUCAAGCCUGGUCGCGCUGCAUCUGGCCUGCGAGAGUCUCCGGAGCGGGGAAACAGACAUGGCCAUCGUGGGCGGCUGCAACUUGAUGAUCAGCCCGAGUAUGUUUAUUUUCCAGAGCGGCCAAGGAUUUCUGUCUCCUGAUGGAAAGUGCAAGACGUUUGAUGCGUCGGCAGACGGCUACGGACGAGGCGAGGGGUUUGCUGUGGUGAUUCUCAAACGUGUGGAGGACGCUAUCCAUCACCAAGACCCGAUUCGGGCAGUUAUCCGCGGUUCUGGCUCGAACCAAGACGGACAUACCAAGGGGUUCACGUUGCCGAGCGCUGAAGCCCAGGCGUCGCUGAUACAAGACGUCUAUGACCGUGCCGGUCUUGAUUAUAGCCAAACCAGCUACGUCGAAGCACAUGGAACGGGAACCAAGGCUGGCGAUUUGGGGGAGACGACAGCUCUGUCAAAAACCAUUGCCGCUGGUCUUAGCAGCGGUAAAAGACUGCUUGUUGGCUCUGUCAAAUCCAAUGUGAGUGCCCAAGGCCACCAAGCGCACAUGUACCUGCACAUACAUGUACACAUACUAACAGCUCCCAACAAGAUCGGCCAUCUCGAGGCUGGCGCCGGCCUCGCUGCUGUGGUGAAGAGCGUCUUGAUGUUGGAAAAGGGUGUCAUCCCGCCCAACAUCAACCUCAACACCCCCAAUCCGGCCCUGAAGAUGGACGAGUGGAACCUACAAGUCCCCUGUGCGGUUAUGCCGUGGCCCACCGACGGCCUCCGACGCAUUAGUGUCAACUCCUUUGGGUACGGCGGCUCCAAUGCGCAUGUCAUCCUGGAUGAUGCUCAGAGCUACCUGGCCGAGAGGGGUAUUCGUGGGCACAGUCAUUCUCCGCUGAAACACAUAGGGAACGGCGUCAACGGUCACAACACCAACGGCCACGGCGCCAACGGCUAUGGUAUCAACGGCCACGGCGCAAAUGGCGUCAACGGCAGGAACGGCGUCAAUGGCACACACGACAAAGCAGACACAGCCAUCGGCCUCUCACAGCCCGCGAACCGCCCUCUCCUCUUCGCAAUCAGCGCCCAAGACAGAGCCGGCAUCGCGCGCGUUACCGACGCCCUCAAGGCCUACCUCACCACCAAGCAAACCACCAUAUCCCGCGAGCAAGAGCCAGGAAAAGAACCAGAACAAGAGCAAGAACAAGAAGAGCGCUACCUGCACGCCCUCGCCAACACCCUCAACACGCGCCGCACCCACCACCAAUGGAAGACCGUGCUCGCCGCUGACGCAUACCUGGUCUCGCUCGCCGUCGUUGGCGGCAGCGGCAGCGCCGGUAGUACUAGUAGUAGUGCCUGGUCGGUAGCAGAGGAGCUGGCGCGGCCGCGGUCGACGUCGCGCCUGCGCGUGGCCCGCUUUGCGCAGCCGCUGUGCACCGUGCUGCAGGUCGCGCUGGUGGAUAUGUUGUGUGGUGGUGGCGGCGGCGGUGUUGCCGUUGCGAGGGAGUAUCUCGAGGCGAUUGCGGACGUGGGGAAGAGGAGUGGGAAGGACAACAUGAAGGGGAAGGACGAGGGCGGGUUCGGGUCGGGCUGCGUCAUGUACUCGAGCGUCACGGGCCAAAAGGUGAACGACGCAAGCGAGCUGGGCCCGGCGUACUGGGUCAGGAACCUCAUCUCGCCCGUCAAGUUCUCGACUGCCGUGCAGCGUCUGGCAGAUAGGAAAAGCGAGGCCCCCGACGUCUUUGUGGAGAUCGGUCCGCACCCUGCCCUACAAGGACCGACAUCGCAGAACCUGCAGGCCGUGGGCAUCACCGACGUGCAAUAUUACUCGGCCCUCAAGCGUGACAUGGACGGGCAACAGACGGCCUUGGAGCUUGCCGGCAACUUAUUCUCCAGGGGAUACCCCCUGAACUUCUGUGAGGUCAACCAAACGUCCGAGCGAACUCAAACUCUGAUCGAUCUUCCCGCAUACCCGUGGGACCAUUCCCGCGCCCACUGGGCCGAGUCUCGGGUGGCGAGGGAGUACCGGCUCCGCGAGCCCAUAACUGGCAGCCUACUCGGGGCUACCUCCCCGGCUCUCGUCGCCGGCGAGCACGUUUGGAGGGGCCAUCUCAGCCUGGCGAAGGAACCCUGGAUAGCAGACCACAAGAUUCAGAACACGGUUCUGUUUCCUGCAGCGGGGUUCCUCGCCAUGGCUGCAGAAGCUGCCCUGUUUACCGCUGACACCGGCAAGGAGGUGUCCAAGUUCCGGCUCAGGGACAUCCACAUAACAACACCAUUGGUCUUGGAAGAGACGUCGUCGAUCGAAUAUUCCAUCUCUCUGCGGCCUCACCUCACUACCAAUAAAGCAACGUCGGCCGACUGGUCCGAGUUCUUUAUCUCGAGCUCCCCGGAUGGCAAGGCCCUCGAGAGGAAUUGCAUCGGCUUGAUCCAGCUGGAGUACCACUCCGAAAAACAACAAGAUGCCCAGGAGAACGACACAAAGCCGGUCGACGCCCACCAACAAGCGUGGGAGAGGCGCUUACGACAAGCCUCCGAGCAAUGCAAAUCCCCUGUCAAGGUUCACCACUUCUACCAGCGCAUGGCGUCCGCGGGACUCCAAUACGGCCCGGCGUUCAAGAACCUAACCUCGGCGCGCACGACGCCCACGCAGAGCUACGGCUCCGUCAGCGUCCCCGAGAUCGGACUCGGCACCGGGGCACAGAAGCCCGUGGUGCUCCAUCCGGCAACGCUCGACGCAGUUCUCCACCUCGCCUUCACAGCCCUUGGGCACGGUUCAAACCAGGCCAUCAAGGCGAUGGUACCGAAAUCGAUCGAAGAGGUCGUCAUAGCCACCGAGUUUCCCAAGGAGCCCAAGACACAGAUCAGCGGCUACUCGACUGUGUCGAGGCACGGACAUAACGAGAUUAUGGCCGACAUGACGAUGCAAGAAGAUGUUGGGGGACAGCCGGUGCUCAAGAUUACUGGGUUGUGCUGUGCCGAGCUGGCGGGGGCUCAUACUGAGGAGCACGCCGCGGAAACGGCGAGAAGCAUCUGCAGCAAGCUGGUUUGGCGGCCGGCUUUGGAGUUGCUAACGUUGAAGGAACUGGGGGCUCAUAUCAAGUCAGCCAUGACUGUCAACCCUGCCACUUCAACUCUCACUUCAGAGGUGUUGUCUGAGAUAAUUAGACUCACCCACCACAACAAGCCCGAGGCAUCAAUUGCCGAGCUUCUCAAUGCGGGCAGCUCCGAGACUGUCCUCUCCACUCUGGAUAUUGCACAUGUGUUGAAAACGGCGAGUUAUACUAUCAACGUGCCCGACGCAGCCACAAAACAAGUGGUGGAAGAAAGCGCCAUGACACCGGCCGACGUGGACGUCGUGGUGCAGGACCCAACCCGGCAGGGGGCAUCCGGCACCUUUGACGUAGUCAUUGUCCCUACCAUCCCAAGCCAGGCUCUACAUGAGACUCCAGCCGUGCCCGCUGUCGAGGACGCUGUGAAGUUGUUAGCUAGCAACGGCCGCCUGUUGGUCACCACACUUGCCGAGCAGGCCGACGACGUUGAAGCACGCGGCCGGGCAGCUGGUGUCCAGGACUGGUUCAGGUUCAGGUUGGACGGCGUGGGCUCCGACGCCCAGUCGGCCGUGUUGCUUGGCCAUCACAGACCGGAGGCAGCCCCGAACGGUGUGGGCGGCCAUGCUGAAGUCGUGAUCCUCCAGUCUCCAGAUACCUCGCCGGCGGCGGCGGAUCUCGCCAACUCGUUAGUGGCACAGCUGUCAUCUACGGGCCACCCCGCUUCGUUACACACAUGGGGCGUCUGUGAUACUGCUACCGUCGAGGGGAAAGCGUGCAUAUCGCUUGUCGAGGCGGACCGUCCGGUGUUGCAACAACUCACCGAGCACGACUUCACCUUCCUCAAGGCCCUGCUUUUGGGCGCGCAAAAAGUGUUGUGGGUUGGCGCGUCUCCAGAGACAGACCCUGGCAGCGCCAUAGUGACAGGUCUGGCGCGCGUCGUGCGAAGUGAGGAGCCAGGUCUCGUGUUCCACACGCUACAGCUCGAUCUUCCCAACGAGGAGGCGGAGUCAUCAUCUAGCUUAGUUCUUCGCGCUUUUCACACCCCCGGCGGAGAAAACGAGUUCAGAGUCAACGGAGGUGUCAUCGAGGUGAGCAGGAUUGUCGAAGACAAUGAGCUGAACGCAGACCUACUGGAGAGCCUCGGGGUGGCCAGCACAGAUACGUCGACCGUGGAACAAGUCCCGCUCGAGAAUGUCGGCACCCCCGUCAAACUAAGUGUCCGCAACGCAGGGCUGCUGGACACCCUCUGCUUUGAGGCCGACACCCUCCCUGACACGCCACUGGGCGAUGACGAGGUGGAGAUUGAAGUUAAAGCCACCUCACUAAACUUCCGCGACGUCAUGACGGCCCUAGGCCAGCUGCCGACCACGGAGCUCGGCUUCGACGCGGCGGGGAUCGUGGUGCGCAGCACGUCGGCGCGGCACGCGCCCGGGGCGCGCGUGGCGGUGUGCCGGCCGGGGUCGCACCGGACCCGCGUGCGGCGGGCGCGCGCGCCGCUCGUGCACGUCCUCCCCGACGAUGACGACGGCGACCCGGCCCUGGCCCUCUCCUUCGCCGACGCCGCCACCCUGCCCCUCGCCCAUGGCACCGCUUGGUACGCGCUGGUGCGCCUGGCGCGCGCGCGCAGGGGCCAGAGCGUGCUGAUUCACGGCGCGGCGGGUGGCGUGGGGCAGGCGGCCUUGCAGGUGGCCCGGUGGCUAGGGUUGGAGGUGUAUGUGACGGUGGGGUCUGAGGCAAAGAGGAGGGUGGUGAGGGAGGUGUACGGGGUGGGAGAGGAUAGGAUCUUUAGUUCGAGGGGGGACCCGCGCGCUGGGUUUAGGAGCGGGGUGAUGGCGGCUACCGGGGGGAGGGGUGUGGAUGUGGUGCUGAAUUCGCUGGCUGGGGAGGCGUUGCGGGAGUCGUGGUAUUGUGUGGCGCCUGGGGGGACGUUCGUCGAGAUCGGAGUGAGGGACAUUAUGGACAAUGCGCGGUUGGAGAUGAAGCCGUUCUUGGAGGGGGCGACGUUUACCUUCUUUGAUCUGAGAAGGGUCAUGUUGGACCGCCCGGAGUUGAUGGGGGAGAUUCUGGAGGGGGUGUUUGGGUUGUUGAAGGAGGGAGCUGUGAAGCCCGUCAGUCCUGUCAAGGUGUUCCCGGCGGGGGAGGUUGAGAGCGCGUUCCGGCUGAUGCAGUCCGGACAGCAUGUGGGUAAGAUUGUGCUGUCCUUUGAGGACGGUCAGCAGAUGAUUCCGCUGUGGCGGCCACGGUCACCUGCCGAGCCGGUAGUACAACUCGACCCGGACGCCGCGUACCUCCUUGCUGGCGGCCUAGGUGGCCUGGGACGCAGCCUGUCGGGCAUGCUCGUCGACCACGGAGCUCGCAAGCUGUGCUUCCUAUCUCGCUCUGCCAAUGCAGCCGAACGCCCUACAGCCGGCGAGCUCGUCCGUCAGUUGGAAGAUCGCGGCGUCCAGGUGCUCGUGCUAUCCUGCGACGUUGCCGACGCGGCCGCCGUCUGCCAGGCGGCCGUCCAGUGUGCCGAGCAGCUCGGGCGGGUCGCCGGCGUCAUCCAGUGCGCCAUGGUGUUGCGGGACGCGCUCUUCCGCAACAUGACAUUCUCGGACUGGACCGAAUCGACACAGCCCAAGAUUCACGGCACCUGGAACCUGCACACGGCACUUCCAGACGUCGACUUCUUCAUCAGCCUGGCCUCGUUCACGGCCAUCUUCGGCAGCAGGGGCGUGGCCAACUACGCCGCAGGCAGCACAUACCAGGACGCCAUCGCGCACUUCCGCCGCGCGCAAGGGAAGCACGCCACCACGGUCGACGUCAGCAUUGUAAAGGACGCGGGCGUUCUCGCCGAGACGGGUAUGACGCAGGCACUAAAGGACCUCGCGGGCCCCUACGGCCUCGACCAGCACGAGGUGGCUGAGUUGGUGUGGCUCGCCAUCUCGGGAGACAUUUCGAGCCGAGGCUCGCCGCAGAUCGUGAGCGGCAUUGCGACAGGUGGCAGCGUGGUUGCGAGUGGUUUGGAGGCACCCUGGUACUUGGAUGAUCCCAAGUUUGCCGUCAUGGCCCGGACCGGGCUCAAGGGUCAUAGUAAGGCUUCGACGGCGGGCAACGUGGACGAUGUUCGCGGGCAGCUGUCCCAGGCCAAGACGCUGGAGGAAGCGACGCGAGUGGUAACGGACGCGUUGGUGGACCGCGUGGCCAAGAUGCUUCAAACGACGGCGAGCGAGAUCGAUACUGGUAGGUAUCUGCAUUCGUACGGCAUCGACUCGCUCGUGGCUAUCGAGAUGGCGAACUGGGCUCUCAAGGUAUGUGCUGCCCAGGUGACCGUCUUUGACAUCAUGGCUGCGGUUCCCAUUGUGGCUACGGCAAGGAAGAUUGCUAUCGGCUCGUCGGCCACGCCUAAGGAGGUUGUGGAAGCGGUGGACUAG